UAGCGAGCGUACCAAUAAAAGUGGAUGGAAUUGACCAAGUAAGAUGCAUCAUUUGUGCUAUUCUUCCUGUGGUUUAUUUGUUUGUUAUUUUUGAAACGACUCACAAAAAAGGGGAAAAAAAAGUUGCACGAGUUUUUCUAAGCACAGGUUCAUGCUUUUCUCCCGAUUUUUUAUUCGUGAUAUGAAGCAUUUCUAAAAAAAAUAAAUAAAAAAUAAAAAAACUUGUGUGAUGGAAUUGUUGUUCCAAUAAACAGAAACAGAAGCAGAAGCAACGUUGCGAUGGCUUUUCUGAAUCGAACAUCAUCACGUUUCUCUCAUCUACCAUCAGCACAACGCGUAGUUUCUCUCCACACAAGCCUCCCUUCUCUAUCGACACCUACACCUUAUGCUCCACCACCUCCCCCAUCGGCUAGUUCCCCCGUGAGCAUUUCGAAGACGGCGGAGUAUGUUGUCUCAAAGGUAGAUGCUCUCAUGAAUUGGGCUCGUACUGGUUCCAUCUGGCCCAUGACAUUUGGACUCGCUUGUUGUGCUGUCGAAAUGAUGCAUACUAGUGGCUCUCGUUACGAUUUUGAUCGAUUUGGUAUCAUUUUCAGGCCUAGUCCUCGUCAAUCUGAUUGCAUGAUUAUUUCUGGUACUCUCACCAAUAAAAUGGCUCCAGCACUUCGCAAGUACUUUUCUCCCCCUUCUCUUUUUUUACAUUCACCUUCUUGCUAUUAUAAGCUUUAUUUUACUACUAUCACUAUGCAUGAAAUGAAGUCACAACAUGUAGAUAAAAAACAACUGGUAGGAGUAAUUAGAUUAAUCUAAUCAGAGAAAACAUAGAUCUAUCAGCAAUUAGAGGUUUGAGACAAUGUAGCUUUGGUUGCGGACGUGAACACACUACAACAAAAUGUGAAAAUGAAAGCCAUAUAUGUUGAGAAACAUAGUUCAAUUUAAUAAAGUGGAAAAUUAAAUGAGAGCAUAAUUAAUCUUUUUAAUUGAU